AUGUCUGCAUUUAAUAUAUUUGGCUUGGCUUUGUUACAGGUUGGUAGUGCUCUUGUGGAAUCUAACCUCAAUGAUGACCUGGAUUACGAUCCCCAAGUAGCUAUCAGUUGUGAUAAAGUGACACGGCAUGUCGAUGUCAACACUGGAGACUGGAUUGCAGACAAAAAUUCCACCAGGCUUUGUACUACUGACAAGACUAAAAUCUUGGAGUACUGUAAAGCUAUCUACCCUUCAAAGGAUGUCAGGAAUGUUGUUGAAGCCAACAAUCGCGUUUUGGUGGACAAUAGUUUGGUUACUCCAUAUCGCUGUCUUGUGGGCAAUUUUGAGUCUGAUGCCUUGUUGGUGCCUCCAAGAUGUCGCUUUGAGCACAUGCAUUUCAACACUGAUUGCCAAACUCACGACCAGUGGCGUGAACGAGCCUCAAAGAAGUGUAACAAUGAGGGCAUGGUCGUGAAGGACUAUGGUGUCCUAAUUCCAUGUGGUGUGGGAACAUUCACUGGCGUGGAGUUUGUUUGCUGCCCUAAUGAUGCCAGUGAGAAUGCCACUGAUGCUGUCAAGAUUGUCCCUGUUUCAGAAGCUGCAAGUACUUCUGAACCAAUGAGUGUCUUAGAGCACUUGAAGGUGGAGAUUAGCAAGUUUGCAAAGCAUGUGGAAGGAAGUUCUGUUGGCUGUGACAGAAAGAAGUAUCAUGAUCUCCGUGACAAACUGGAGAACACUCAUCGUGGGAAAGUUAAGACACUGAUUGAACACUGGGAGCAGGCUGAGAAGCGCUACAAGCUGCUGAAAGCUAGUGAUGAAGAUCAGGCAGCUAGUUCAAUAUCUGAAGAACUUGAGAACUUCAAGAAGUCACUGAACACAUAUGAUGAGCAGGCCAAGCUGGAACGUGCCCGACUGAAAGAGGAACAUCAUCAGUGUAUGCAGAUUGACCUGAAUGACAAGAAGAAUCAAGCAUUGCGUGACUUUGUUGUUGCCCUGCAGGAGGUGCCCAGAGAUGGUAACAAGAUUCUGGAAGCAGAGCAGCGCUUUGUAAGAACAUGCACUCAGGAUCGCUUGCAUAACUUACGCUACUUUGAGUACAUGCAGAAGCACCACCCAGAGAAGGCCGAAGAAUCAAGAGAGGCCCUGCAAAACCACCUCAAGAACAUCAAUAACCUGGUCAAUGAGUCUAUGAUUCUGCUGUACAAACUUCCCGAGAUCGCUCGUCAAUUCCAGAUUGAUUUACCUGACUGGAUUCCAAAACCACCUGCCUUGCCAACAGAGGCACCAACAGUGGAGAAAAGCUCAGCUGCGAAGGACCCUACAGACCCACCAAGUCAACCAGAAGAUAAUACAGGUGCAACAGGUUUACCCUCUGCAGAUGACAAGGAGGAGGAAGACCUGAAACCUUCAGGUGCAUUUGCUGCUAGGAAGAUGGACGAUGAUGAUGAUCCUGAAGACGUGUCUGAGAACGAGGAAGCGGUGUUCAGGAAGUCCCACUCACGGGCCACUUUCUCUGCCGUCAUUGGACUCAGCUGCGGGGCCCUUGUCAUCAUGAUCAUCAUUGUGGUUGCCAUGGCCAUGCGCCGGCCGCGCCCUAACAACAACACCAAGACGGUGCUUGUCGACACGGACACCGAGGGUGCAUCAGAAAAGAGCCACCUUGUCAACAUGCAGGAGAAUGGCUAUGAGAAUCCCACUUACAAGUUUUACGAUUACUGAACAUAACUGGCUACCAGUUGCGCUUACUAGAAGGAAUUUGCGAAAUUCUCGUAGCUGGUGUUAGACUUGUUUUCAUUAACAUCUUUGAUAAGUGAUGACCGAUUUUUGACUUGACUGCGUUCGAGAUUCACUGAUUGUAUUUAUAUAUGAUGUAUUUUGGUAGAUGAUGUAGCAGGGCCUUUCAGAGCACGAGUGAAGGGUAUUUAGUACUUACAAGGCGAAGUAACUUUUUAUAACCAUAAUCUUUCUCCAGUGCUAUUUCACGAUAGGGUUUCGUUUUAAAAGCAAAGAGCUACUUGACUUCCAGGCAAUAAUGGACUCGUCUUUUCUUAUCGGCGCGUUAAACUUGUUCCCGUGGUUUCCACGUUGACUGGCAUCUGCACCUGUACUACAAUUAUUAAAUACGAUUCACUUUGCCAAGGUUAGAUUGCGCGUCCAGCUUUUCUCCAUGUUCCGCAUAGAAGUCAGCUACACAAAGUCGUUCUUUGCAAUUUGAUGAAUGAAACCCUCUCAUGUUAAUGUCUGGUUGCAGAUUUUAUAGCUGUAGUCUGGGGUGUAAAGAAAAUAGAUGUAGCAAUAUUUAAACCCAGUGCUUUCUUUGAAAACGUAACCGCAGUAUUUAUUGGGCAGAAAGCCGUGAGAAAAUUCGUAAGUUAUCUUUCAUCCCGUCAACGGCUGCGGCGCCAGCUUUCUGUGUAGUGUGUAGGCCCCAUUUACAGCCGCGUGGCGAAAGUGACCCGCGUUAGGAACGCGUUUCGAACGCGGAGUAGUGAAAAUCAAGCCCCCGAGCCAGCUCCAACGGCUAGCCGUAGUAUGGUGUCUGCGUAAAGAGGGAGAUGAGUACCUAUAGAAGAACGAUAGAGACCUAUCUGAGAGGUGCCUUGUUUAUCGAAGAGAGAGUUGUUGACUCGCCAAUGUGCGCAUAAACGAGAUCGACGCUGUCGGAUUUACUGUAUUCUACAGUCGACAUCGGCACUCGUAUCAUCAGCAUAAACAACAUCAAGAGCAGCAACAACAACAACAACAGCAACAGCAUCAAGUGCAUGAACAUUGACAACAACAGCAGCAGCAUCGUCAACUUCAACAAACUAUAACAACAGCAGCAGAAACAACGGCACGAGUAAAACAACAUCAAAAUCAUUACCCGUAGAAGCAGCAUCAUGAUCAGCGACAAAAAACCAAUGACAGCAGCAGUAUCAACAACAGCAACAACAAGAGCAGAAACGACAGCACGACUUAGAACAUCAAAAUCAUUACCCGUAGAAGCAGCAGCAUGAUCAGCCACUAAAACCAACAACAGCAGCAACAACAACAACAACAACAACAGGAGCGGAAACGUAUUAUCAUCAGUCAUCAUCAUCAACAGCCGCCGCCGCCGCAGCAGCAGAAGCAGUAGCAGCAGCAGUAACACCACCACCACCACCACCAACAACAACAAACAGCAGCAGCAGCGUCAGCUACAAAAAAAAAAACAGCUAGUAGUCUCGUCUCUUCGUGUUAUGCUAAUAGCAGAUACUACAACUGUAAGCACCUUUGAUUGUUUUUCGACCUUUUAAAUACUUACAAUAAAUCAUUAACUUCUAUAAGCAUAAAAAUUAAUACUUGUAAAAUUGUGCAGCGUGCUGUACUCCAAGAAACAAACGUUCCAAGGGGCCUUGAAAGUUGUAAAGCACAGGGAUUUGGCUAAUAAAGAUUGCAUUUUAGUACCUUAA